UCCUCCCAGUUGUCUGUUGACAAACGUGACCAAAGCCUAUCUCUGUCCCGUCUGGUCACCAAGUGGAAUAAAAUGUAAUUUCACAGGAUUUGUCGACAUAGCGAAGUUUCAGGUGGAUUCUUCAUGAAGUUGUGAAUCCGGUCUAAUCUGAAACCAUGCUGAAAUGGCUGUCCGGUGAGGAGGGAGAGCCUGGGUCUGGAGGCCCAGGCUCUCCCCGUGGUGCAGGUGGAGGUGGAGAGCUUGCUGUAGCGGAAAUGGCCGAGCGGCUGGCCCAAACCGAGCAGCUCGUCAGUCAGCUGAAGGAGAUGAUCCGGGAGAAGGAUGCAACGCUUCGCGCCAAAGAUGAACAACUAAAGGCGGAGAAGGAGACGUGUGAGACCAAACUGUCAAAGCUGCGUCUCCAGAACAAGGCCAAGGUGACCUCUCUCACCACACAGCUGGAGGAGCUGAAGAAACAGCGGGGAGGUCAGGAUACUCCAACACACGGCAAGAAGGGGGCAUCAGAGGGAGGAGAACAAGCCAAUCGGGGCAAAAUCGUCUUGCUAAAGAAGAAGGUGGAGGAACUGGAACAGCAGCUUGCACAAAGACAGGACGAACUGGAAAACAAGAGGAAGGAGGUGGAGGCACAGCGGCUGCGAGGUGAGGAGAUGGACGUCAUGCUCAUAGAGAAGGACAAGAAGCUGGGAGAAAAGGAGGCCUACAUCGUCCACCUGCAGACAGCGCUGGCAGGAGAUCAGCCCGUCACGCCUGCACCUCAACAACAGGUGACAGAGGACAGCCGAGCGAUGCAGGAGCUCCAGCUGCUGGUGCAGAGCCUGACCAGGAAGGUGGGAGAAGCAGACGAGCGCUACAGUUUACUCCAGGAGCAGACAGACAGCCUGAAGGAGCUGCUGGACACAGAGAAGGAGCAGUACAGUCAGAAAGAGAGCAUGUACAAGCAAAACAUCCAAACAUUCAAAGACAUCAUUCUCCAGAAAGAUAACCAGCUGAUGGAAAUCAACCAGAUGCACGAACAGGAGCUCUUCAAGCUAGCAGCGAAGUCUGAUGCCAGCGCUGAUUUAGAGCAGCUUUUGAAGGCUCUAAAACAGAAGCUUCACGAGAAGGAGGAGGUGCUGUUGGGUAAAACCCAGGUCAUCGAUGUUCUCCAGGGCGAGGUGGACGGCAGAGACAAGCAGAUAAAGGAGCUAACAGAGCGUCUGCGUCGGCUACAAGUUGAGCGAGAGAGCCUGGAAUCCAAGAUGGAGGCAGAGAAGCACGUGAUGCGAGCGCAACUUCGUGACCUGAUGGAGAAACAGCAGGCGGAGGUGCGUCGAAUCACUGAGCAGCAUCAGGCACAGAUGGCCCAAACCCAGCAGGAUCUCCUGGGGCAGCUGGAGGAGCUGAGGAGGACCUCAGUUGCAGCUCCGCCUGUCAGUCAGGAGGCUUCAGGAAGUGUAACCACACCCGCUGAUUCAGCCUCUAUCCAAAGGAUAGCUGACCUGGAGGCCCAAGCAAAGCAAAAAACAGAAGAAGCCAGCAGAUCAGAAGCCAAGUUCCUGAAGAUGAAAGCCUGGUCUAAAUCACGAAUCAGACAGUUGGAGGACGAGUUGAAGAAAAGCCAGGCUGGAGUUGCCCCCCCUGACCUGACUGCCCUGCGGAGUCGUAUCACAGCGCUGGAGGAGGAGCGAGAAGAAAACCUCUGGAAAGUGGAGCAAUAUGACGAACUCAAAGCAAAGAACGACAUGCUGGAGGCCAAGCUGGUGGUGUAUGAGGAGCAACAGAGGACACUACAAGCAGACCUGGAGCAGUUCACCAAGAGGGCCGCCUCUCAGGCGAGUGAGUCAGGCAGUGCUGAUGACACUCAGAGCCAGGUCCUCGAGUGGCAGGAGAUGGUCGCUGAGGCGGUCAGCGCCAGGGACCGGGCCAAGGAGGAGAAGGCCGCCAUGGUCCUCCGCAUCAGCCACAUGGAGGAGGAAAGAGAGGAACUGAUUGAGGAUGACUGGUUCUUUCCUGGCUGCUCCGAUCCAGCACUGGCCACUCGGCAGCAGGAGUUGGAGGAGGAGCUGGCUCAAUCUCGGGGGCUCGGCCAACAAAGGCCCAAGAAGCUGACGGCUCCGGCCCAACGAAGCCUGCAGGAGGACUUUGAGUUCGAUGGGCAGGCCUCAUUCCAGGACCCCCGCAGCACCUCAGAGAGCACGACCCCGAUGGAGGGAGAGAACAUGGGAGAUGGUUUGCGGUCUGUCGUGGAGGAGCUGGAGCUGGAAAGGAACCACCUGCAGGAGCAGAUCCUGAGCCUGGAGGAGCGCUGUCAAGAUCUAGAGGAUCGGCUGCAGCUGCAGGCCCGCAUCGAGUCGCUACAGAAUGAGUCAGAGAAACUACAGAGCCAACUCGCCAACGUCCGAAGUCAACAGAGCAGGGAUGCAGAGAAGCAUCAGCUACUGGUUAGCAGUCUCAAUGAACAGCUCAAAGGGCUGAGUGACACACAAGAGUGCCUGGAAAGCUCCCUCAUUGAGAAGGAGAACACGUUGGCCAAGACGUCCGAGAAACUGGAGCUCAUCAGCAGCCUCCGAGAAUCUCUGAGUGAAAAAGAGAUUCAGUACAAAGAGGCAUCUGAGAAGCUCCUUCAGACUGAGCACACACUCGAGGAAGUUUCCAAGAAAUGCAGCAGCUCAGAGAAACAACGCUCUGAGUUGAAAACUGAAGUCGUCGACCUCACGCAGAAGCUGAGUGUGCUGAAGGAGAAGACCCAAAAACAGGAAGUCACCAUAGAAACUUUACAAACUGACCUCGAUCAGACAAACGAGGAGCUGGACAAACUAAACACAGCCCAUUUGGAAGAACGAGCCCAACUCAUUCAUGACCUUCAAAGCCGCGAGCGGGAAAUCGAUAGUCUUAAAGAUGUCCUGUUGGAAAAGGACAAGGAGAUCUCAUCCCUGUCUGGGAACAUGGCGGAGUAUGCAGAACAGGUCACAGUGCUGAAGAAGGAGCUCAAACUGAAAGAAGAACACCUUGUUCAAGUAGAAAACGCACUGAGUAAGGCAGAGCGGGAGGCCAUGGUUAUCAGGGACUCACAGAAUUCAGACCAGCAAUCCCUGAACAGCAAGAUCACAGAGCUGGUCGGGAAACUCAAGGAUACCGAGAUGGAGUUAGUCAAGACCAAAGAGGAAGGAGAGUCUAAGGUGGCUGAGGUGGAACAUCUUAUAAAUCAGACCGAAGAGGACAAGAAAACUAUUCAGGACCUUCGGGGGGAGAUCCAGAAACAGAUUGUGAGCCAUCGUAAUCACCUUUCUGAAUGUGAAACACACAUCACUUCACUAAAGGAACAGCUGACUUCAUCCACUCAAAAGCUACAGGAAUCAGAAGGACUCGUUUUGCAGCUCAAGGACAAAAAUACCAACGAUGAGAAACAGCUUAAUGAUAAAGAGCAGACGUAUGAAAAAGAACUCAAAUCUUUAAAGGACGAACAGAACAAACUUCUGGCUCAGGUGGAAAAAUAUAACAAUGAUGUGGAGACAUUGUCCAAACAAUUAGAGGAGCAAGUACAGAGUGAGGAAAAUAUCAAAAAAGAGAUGCAGGAAAAACUGGAAACCAUAAUGUCACUGGAAAACCAACUAAAAGCAACUGAUAAACAAGCAGAGGAUGACAGGCAGAAAUUCAACACUAAAUUGCAAGUCCAGGAAUCAGAAAAUCAGAAGUUGAGCAAAGAUCUUCAGACCAAAUCUGAAAACCUCUCUAAAAUCAAGACCGUCUUAAAAAACAUGAAGACCGAGAAACAGCAGCUGCAAGAAAAGCUCAAAGGCCUGACCGAAGAGCUUGAGCAACAGAAGCAGAAUGUAAAGCAACUUAAUGAAAAGGUUACAUCCUCUCUUGAACUAAACAGCAAUCUGGAGAAGCAAGUACAGUCUCUCACAAAGGAGAACGAGAGACUUGAACUGGAGGUGUCUGAAAGGGUAAAAGCCAUUUCAGACGUUACAGUUGAGAAAGAGUCUUUGCAAGCUAAAAUAUCCACGUUGGAAACACAACUCACACAAAACAACACAAUCAUUGAAGGGCUGCAGAAAGAUAAAGAGAAUUUGACUGUUCAGAGUAAUGAGUUGAAUAGAGUUAUUGAGCAAAGCACACACUCAAACUCCGAGAUUCUGCUGGCAAAAACAAACGAAUGUAGUAAUCUCAACCAGUUACUCAGGGAGAAGGAGGGCGAGGCGGCGAAACUGCAAGAACAAGUGCAAAAAUUGAUGUCAAAGGUAGACCAGCUGCAGCAUGACAUGGCAGAAAAAGAGCAGACUGCCACUGAUCUCCAAGCACAAAUAGAGGCGCAACAAAACCAGCAAACGCAACUUCAAGAAACGUUGUCUAUGCUUCGGGAACAGGAAUGCACUCUGAAGUCUGGGUUAAUGGAUAAAGAUACAAUGUUGAAAGAGAAACAGGAAGAGUACCACAGUGUGCAGAAUGAAAUGACCAAACUACAAGCUGAAGCUGAAUCACGUAAUGUGGAACGCUCACAACUUUGCCAGCAACUUGAAGAGCGAGAAGAAAAGUUGAAAAAUGUGACCCAACAGUGUCAAAAACACAAAGAUGAACUGAAUGAUACAAACAAGACUAUUAAGUCUCUGAAGGACCAAAUCAGUGUCAUGGAGGAAAACGCCAGAAAGAUUGAAUCUGAAGCAGAGCAAGGACAAACAGAGUUGACUAGCUUAAAGAAUCAAAUCCAAACAGUCGCGGAGGAAAACCACCAACUCCGUGCUGCUUGUGAAUCCAGAGAAAAGGAGCUUGCUCAGCAAACACAGGUCGUAUCUGACCUUGAUGGGCAGCUUAAAACGACUCUAGAACAGAACUCUAGUUUUAGUGUGAAGAUUACCACUCUAACAGAAGAUAAUCAGAGACUACAAGAGGAGCUGGCACAGAACAUUAAAUCAGUUUCUGAACUAACCGCUGAGAGGAGUUUACUCCAAGAAAAAAGUUCUGGGCUUGAAAUUAAAAUCACAGAUAAUCAGAAAACAAUCGACGGCCUGUUGAGGGAAAAGGAGGAGCUUACUUUAGCUGCAAAUGAGUUAAAAAAGAUCCUCAAGGAAAGCGAAAUGUCAAACUCUGCAGGUUUGCUUGAGAAAACAAAUGAAUGUACUCAUCUGUCAAAAACACUGAGGGAGAGAGAAGAACAGCUUCAGAAUUUACAGGAGCAAGUUAAUGGCCUAAAUAUGCAGGUUAGUCAACUCAACACGUUCUUGAACGAGAAAGAACAAACAGCGUCAGAAAAGAGUUCUCAGUUGGAGGCCCAGCAGAACCAACUGCUGCAACUUCAGGACACUAUAUCUAUGCUUCAGGAACAGGGAUCUGUCCUCAAGUCAGGGCUAAUGGAGAAAGACACAAUGUUUCAACAGAAAGCAGAGGAAUGUAGUGUUUAUCAGAAUGAAGUCAUGCAACAGAAGGAUCUCAUAUCUCAGAGACAGGCUGAGGUAGAGUCACUCAGGCAAGAGUGCUUGGAGGCGAAAUGGCAGAUAGAGCAAAAAGAUCAGACCCUUAAAGAAGUAACAAAUGAGUUUCAAAACCACAAAGAUGAGCUGAAUAAACGAAACGAGUCUGUGAUUACACUCAGCAGUCAGCUUGGUGCCAUGAAUGAGAACUGCGCAGAGAUGGAGGUUGAAAUUACCAACCUAAAGGCUGCUGUGCAGAAACUCACCGCAGAAAAUAGUCAGCUGCUGCAGGACGAGGGCCAGAGGAAAGCAGAGGUAAUUGAUUUUAAAGAUAACAUUCAAGCAAUGAAUGAGCAAAAUACAAGGUUAAAAUCUGAACUCCAGAAAACAGUGACAGAGCUGUCCAGAGCACAUGAAGAAGUCACACAUCUCAAAACAGCAGUCUGUGAGAAGGACGGCGAACUCAAAACGGCAUGGUCAGAGAAGGACAGGCUUAAUUUGACUACGCAAGGAAAAGAUGACUCCCUGAAACAGCAAGAGAAUUUGAUCCAGCAACUCAACAGUAGGAUUGCUGAGCAGGAGGAGCAGCUGAAACAGAAAACAGAUGACAGUGUCAGUUCGAGAGCACAGGUUUCAAAGCUUGAAGAUGAAGUCUGUCAACUCAGAGGUCAAGUUGAAAGCCUUACUUCAGAGUCAUCCGUACUGAAAAAUACUUUGGAGAAAAAAGAACAGGCAAGUCUUGAAAUUCAGAGUAAUUCUUUAUCUGUCGCUGAAAAUCUCAAAUCAAAUCUACAAACCAAAGAGGAAGAGUGUGUGACCUUGAAAGAACAGAUUUUACACCUCGAAGAAUCUGUCGCAAAGCUCAACAACACCCUCCAAGUGCAGAUGUCUGAAACAGCAAAUCUGAAAAAGGUUUUGGAAGAAAAAGAGGCAGCUCUUUUGGACCAAUCCAAGUCUCUUCAGGACAUGCAGAGAAAAGUAGAUGAGGCGUUGCUCUUCAAAACUCAGUUCAUGGAAAGCACAGAGUUGGUGUCUCAGCUUCAGAGUCAAAUUCAGAUACUGUCCACAGACUCUGGAAACCUUAAAAAGUCAACAGAAGAAACACAAAGUGCCUUCAACAACCUACAAGAGAAAUAUGCAGCUAACUUAGAGGAUUUGCAAGACGUAAGAAAGCAGCUGUCCCAAAGGACCGAUGAGGUGUCCAGCCUUCGGAAGUUAUUGGAUGAUACCAAUAGCGAACAUCAGACAUCAACGACCACAAUAGAAACACUGAGAAAUGAGUUAUCAGCAAUCCAACACAAUCUAGAUAAAACACAAGACCUGAACUCCAGUCUUUCAAAGGAAAAGGAUGAAGCUUUUGCUUCUCAUCAAGCAAGUGUAUCACUGCUGACCGUGGAAAUAGAAAGACUGAAGUCACAACAUCUUCAAGUUGUGGCACAAAUGAAUGCACUGACAGAAAACCUGGAGCAGAGAGAAAUGGCUCUCCAUGCCAUUAACAGUCAGUACACAACCCAAGCCAAACACACCACUCAGCUGGUUUCAGAAAUGCAGAAACUAGAAGAGCAAAAUAAGAGACUAAAUGAGGAGAUUAGUUUGUCAAAGGAGGAGCAGCAGAGGCAUCUUACUGCAGUCAGUAAGGAAAACACACAUUUGCAAGAAGACAUAAGAAAACUUCUUGCACAGAAAGAAGAGCUGGAAAGAAGACAUCAUCAAUUUUCGGCAUCGCAGGAGCAGCAGUCCAGCAGCAUGAACGAAAACAUGGAGAAAAUGGUGUCCGAGAAGCAGAGCCUUCAAGCAAAGGUUAGUGCAAAAGACGAAGAACUUUCUCAAUUAAAAGACAACAUUCAAAAGGUAGAACAAAUUCUGCAGGACUCUGAGAAAGAGUGGCUGUUAGUUCUGGAUAGAGAAAAACAGGAUAAGAAUCUACUUGCAGAACAGUUGAAAAGUGUUGAAAAUGAAAUGAAAUCUAAAGAUGCUAAAGUUAAUGCUUUGAAACAAGACUUGGACAGUUUGCAGGAGAAACUAGCCGAGGCUUCUACGGCAAUUAGGAAGGGUUCUGAUCAACUCAGCGCAAAAGAGUUGGAGGCAUCGACAUCCAGGAUUCAACUGGAAAAGGUAUUAGCAUCUGUCCAAGAAAAGGAUAAUGAGAACAAUAAUUUGCAACAGGCUCUAAAAGCCGUGGAACAUGAGUUAGAAGAACUUGUAGCGAGAAAAAAUGGUACUGACAAAGAUUCUGCUGUCCUUCCACCGAUGGCAUCUGAGAGAUCAUCUGCUUUAAAUGAAGAAAAAGCCUAUUUACAGCACAUGAUAAAACAAUUAGAGGAGCGUCAUCAGUCUGAGGUAGAUGCUUUGAAAAAUGAGUUGGAUAAGACUGUAGCACAAUUACAAAAGACGCAGAAUAUACUUAAUGAAGGAGAGAGGAGUCAUUCGGAGAAGGGUCAAGAAAUCGCUCUUCUUCAAGAGACAGUGGAGCAUUUACAGACUCGACUCAGUGCCGAAGCAGAGAGAGUGAAAGAAGCUGCUGUCAAACACUCUUCUUUACACUGUGAGCUGCAAGCAAAAGAUGAGCAAAUAAGCUGCAUAAGCAUUCAAAUAAGUCAACAGAAGGAGUUACUUGCUGGACUUAGUCAGCAGUUAAGGGAUAAAGAUGCAUCCAUCGCUCAAGUCAUGGAGUCUGCCUCAAACGAAAGAGUGAAACUUAGUGAGGAAAAUACCUCUCUGAUAGCAAAAUUAGAAGACACGGAGCAAGCACAUCAAACCUCCAUGAAGAGACUCGAAGAGAUUUCUCAGCAACUAGAAGAACGUAUUUCAUGCUCUCAAAGUGAAAUCGAAAUCAAGAAUUCAGAGAAGCUCGAGCUGAAAAAGAAAAAUGAUGAUCUGAAAGGUGAGCUAGCCAGGGUAUCUAAAGAAAAAGAUGUAAUGAAGAAGAAGCUUCAAGCUGCUCUCAUUCUAAGAAAGGAUCUUUUGAAAAAAAUUGAAGAAUAUGAAAACCAAAAGGAGGAGAGUGUAAACUAUAAAACUGAGGUUCCACUUUUACAGACUAAAUUACAGGACAUGACAAACCAAGCUGAAGCCUCAGAAAAAACUUACAAAGAAAAUGUUUCUCUUCUUGAAAAGAAAAUCCUUGAGAAGGAGGGGGAGAUUCUUGAACACAAAACAGAAAGUGAAAGACUCAUUGAGCAAUUAAAAUCAGAAAAACACAUUUUGCAAGCAACAUUAAAUGAGAAGGAGGUUUGUUUGUCAGAAACAAUUCAAACACUCAGUGAGAAAAACAACCUGAUGGAACAACUGCAGACCAGUGCUGCUGAGAAAGAAGAUGCCUUCGAGCGAGACAGAAACAGCCUGAUGCAGAAAUUAGAGGAGCUUCAGAACGAAAUCAAGACAUGUAAAGACGAGUCAAAGGACAAAUCUUCCACUGCUACUGCUGUUGAUUUAGAGAACGAGCUUGCACAGAUGAAGCUAGAAAAGGCGAUGCUACAGAAAAAGGCCCAGGCUGCCUUGCUGGCACGAAAAGAGUCCAUGAAGAAAGCUCAAGAAAAUGAAAAGAAAUUAACUCAAGAACUAGCUGAACUGAAAGACGACUAUAAAGCUCUGUUGGAACAACACUGUCAGCAGACAAAUGAGCUUAACGCUGUCCAGUUAAAGUUUGAUGAGAAGGUCAGGGAACUGGAGGACCUCCGUAAAACCUCUUUGUCUUAUCUAGAUGAACUGGACACUCUAAGGCAGCUGGUUGAGGAGAGAGAUAAAACUCUACAAGAUUUAAAGAUGUCUCUGGCUGAGAAAGAGAGCCAGUGCCAUUCUCUAUCAAACUUGCAAACAGAGCUAGAAACUGUUAAAUCCAAAUUUGAGGGCAUGUCUCUUGAGAUGGUUAGUAAACACGAGGCUUUCAUAGUCCUGGAGCAAAGAGCAGAAACCUUGAACUCAAAACUGCACGUGGCAGAGAGCGACUUGGAGAAAGCUCACGCUGAAGUAAAAGAGAAGACGGAAGAAGUCGAGAAAUAUCAGGAAAUGGUUAAAGCUGCUGAGCUUACGUCCCACCAGGAGAAGCAAGCUUUAUUUAAUGAAAACAUGGCUUUGGAGACCCAGCUCAACAACUCCAAGUCCACACUUGAGGAACAAACUUAUGCAAAUGAAGAAAAGUAUCACAUUUUGAUGGAAGACAACAAGGCUCUUUUGGAGCAAGUGUCAACCAUCCAAAAAACAUUAGCAGAAACAAAGCAGCAGCUCGGUGAAGAGAAAGGUCGUCUGACUACAGAGCUUGAAAAAGCACAGCUGCGUUGUACUGAAGAACAAACGAAUUUGGAAUCGUUAACGCAAGAAAAAGAAAAUGCGCUCAAAUUAAUCAAUGAACUCAGAGAUGAGGUGACCACGGUGAAUAAGCAACUGCAGCAGUCUGAGACAGUAAAUGAGCAGCUUCGUGAAAAGACAUCUGCAAUGUGCGUAAAACAAGAACACGUUAACAAAGAUGAGGUCGACUUUACUCAUAAACGUGCUGAAGACUUUGAAGUGAAACUAAAAGAGAAGGAUGAUGCCUUGUUAGUUUCUCAGGCUCAAGUUUCAGAAAAGGAAGAACUAAUUGCAGCACUUGAACAGCAAUUACAGCAACAAAUUAAACUGCAUGAAGUAGCCAUUGAUAAGAUGAGAACAGAGGCUGAGGAGCUUCAGAAAUCUCGAGAUGAUGGCACCAAAAUGAAUGAUCAGGACAACCAGAGCAAAAUAACUCUCUUAACCAGGAAACUUCAAGCAGCUUUAGUUUCCAGGAAAGAACUCAUGAAGGAAAAUGCAAGACUCAAAGAAGACGCAGAAAAGCUGUCUGUCAACCAUGAAGAUAAAGAAGCUGAGAAUGUUUCUCUGAAGUCAUCAGUUUUGAAGUUGAAACAACAAAAUGUGGAUCUGGAAAGCUUUGUGGCGUCUUUGAACGAGGAGAAAGAUAAGCUCAGCAACGAAAUUGAUCGCGUCCUUAAUGAUAAUCACAGCCUGUCCGCAGCCUGUGAAAGCUUGAAACUAACCAUAGAAAACAUCACCCAGCAGAAGCAAGCCUUCUCCUGCCAGCUAGAAUCUCUUAAAGACUCUCAAACAGAGGAGCUGACCAAAUGGAAGUCGAAGCACUCUGAGCUGAAACAAGAGUACGAGUCUCUUUUACAAGCUUAUGAAAACGUUAGCAGUGAAAUGGAUAAGAUGAGACAGCUUUUGGAAGGGGCCAAAAGAGAGAGACAGGAAGCCCUUCGAAAAAUACACAAACACGAUACCGAGAUGGAGAAUCUGGAGAGGCAGGCUAGAGAGAUGGAGGAGGAAAACGAAAGAAUUAAAGAGAAAAUGCACAAAUUUGCAAAAGAGAAACGGCACAAGAUUGAGGAGCUGGAGGAAGAGAAUCAGAAAAUUAGGGCAGAACUGAGUGAGAUUGAUGGAAACCACAAAGUGGAGACGUGUGAGCUGACUAAUAAAAAUCAACAAUUGGAGGCUGAGAUUUGCAAACUGAAGGAGUCAUCAGAGGAUCUCAGAGAGAAGCUCACAGACAUACAGGCUGAAAAUGGCCAAUUGUUGGAAAAGCUUGAAGAGGCUAGCUCUUCAUUAGAAAAGAAGCACUCGGAAUCAAACUCGUACACAAACAAUAUGCAGCUUAAACUUGAUGAGGCACUCAGCUUGAAUAAUUCACUGACUGCCCAGAUCGAGGCUCAGAAAACAGAACUUGGCGCUCAAUUGGAAAUCAACAAUUUGCUACAAAAGGAGAGGCAAAAUCUCUCUCAAAGGAUUGAGAAGAUACAGAACGAUCAUGAAUUGCAGUUGGGAAAGAAAGACGAUGCCAUUAAAGAGCUCAAAGACAUCAUUAACAGGCACAGCCAAGAGACCAUUAGCCUAAAUGAGAAGGUCAGAAUCCUGGAGGACGACAAGUCUCUUCUGCAAGAGGAGCUUGAAAAUGUUCAGGAGAUUUCAGACAAAGUGAAAAAUGAAAAUGAGUAUUUGGAAACUGUGAUUCUCAAAAACUCUGAACGAAUUGAUGAACUGACCGAGUCUGUUAAUGCUUUCCAAACCCAAAACACGCAGCUGUCUUCUCAACUGGCAGCGAGUAAGGAGAUGAGUAACCAGGUCCGUCAAGAAAAAGAGGAAGAGCAGCUCAAACUAGUCAGAGUCUUUGAGGAGAAACUCAAGACGGUUCAGAGAGGCAAUGAGGGGUCCAAAAAUGUGAAGAAAGAACUGCAAGAGCUACUUAAAGAAAAGCAUCAAGAGAUCAAUCAGCUGCAGCAAAACUGCAUUAAAUACCAAGAACUGAUAUUAGACUUAGAGAGCUCUCUGAAGACCUCGCAGUCAUCCUGUGAACACCUGGAAAAGGAACUGAAGAAAAGUUUGGAGAAGACCUCUGUUUUAGAGGAGAGAAGAAAACAAGUUGAAGCUGAGGUGAUCACAAACAAGAAUCUCCUUCAGGAGGCCACAGAGAAGAUCGUGAGUGUUCAGUCUGAAAGAGACCAGCUGGCUCUGGAAAUAUCACAGCAAAGUAAAAAAUCUGAGGAUCAGGUCAUCGAGAAAACACAAUCACAGCAAAAUAGAGAUGAGAAACAAAUAAACUCUUAUAUGGAGAAUCAAAUUAUGUUGCAGCAACAGAUAGAUGACCUCAGUGAGUUAAAAGACAGAGAAAGUCAAAAAGUGAAUGAACUGAGGCAGCAGAUAGACUCUCAAGAUCUACAGAUCAAUACCCUUAAGAGAGCGUUUGAGACUACUGAAGCAAAGCUGUCGGCUCUGUCUUCCACUCCUCAAGGGGCAGAUGCUACAAAAGUUUGGAAUGACUUGUACCAAAAGACCUUGCACGAGAAGGAUAACCAGCUCCUCGAACAGGGUUUUGUGAUCAAAAGAUUCCUGGAAGACAUGAGAGUGAAAGAAAAAGAGGUGAACGAACUACGAGUGACCAAGUCAAGACUUGAAAGGACGCUGAAUGAUUACUCUGUCGCUGCCGCUGCACAGCAGAGGCAGCUGUUUGUAAUGAGCGCAAGCAACGCUGAACUUGCUGAGAGUGUAGAGCUCAUGACUGUGCAGGUAAAGGAGCUCGAUGCUCAAGUUGAAAGAAUAGACCAGGAUAAAAAUACACUCAACAGACAGCUCGCUGACAAAGAAGAUUUCAUUUCCCAAAUGCAGCUUAAUCUCCAGCAAACAGAGAAGAUAAAUACAGACAUAGACGCUCAGCUGCUCCUUUUACAGUCUCAAAACGACAAACUUCAGGCUGACUUUGAGAAGCAGGAGGGGAUUUCUCUGCAACUGAGAACACUUCUCCAGAGCAAAGAUGCUGAGAUCUCAUCUUUGCUGUCUUGUAAAGAUGGACAGAUGUCAGGGUAUCUGGAACAACUCCAGGCUAACUAUCGCUCCCAGGUGGCAGUCUAUGAUGACAGGUUAACAUCUUUACACUACCAAAGGGAAAAGGCUGACAAAGAGAUGAGAGGGCUUGAGGCCAAGGUCAAAAGUCUGCAAAUUAAAGUUAACAGGUCUGGCCAGGAAAAGGAGCAGAUGGCAGCUAAGAUAGAGUCAUUCAAGAACUCAAUGGUGUCUUUACAGAGCGAAAGGGAGCGAUUGAUGUCAGAAUACAGAAUACUUGAAGCAAAAAGUCAGUUAGGGCUAAAGGGUAAAGAGGGCUCUGCUGACGGGGAAGGUGGUGCAACCAAAGGACUCAAACAUGAAAUUAGGAAAUUGUUGCAUCAGAUGGAUGACCUCAAUUCAGAGAACGCCAUGCUCAGGGCACAGCUGGUUCGUUACAGAGAAGAUUUGAAUCAAGUUUUAUUCCUGAAGGACAACCAGUCGAAGGUGCUGCUCAAGAAGCAGCAGGAUGUGAUCAAAAACCUUGAAAACCAAAAGGCUGCAGCUGAAAAGCAGCACAGGGAGUCACGGUUGGAGCUCCAAAAGGAAGAAGAGGCGAGCAAUACUUUAAAAGCAGAGAUUUCUAAACUUCAAGCUCAGGUUACAAAACUGGAAGAAAGAGCCACGACAAACGAGGGCAAAGUGAUCGCUGACCUGCAGCAAGCUGUGGCGGCCAAAGCAGCUGAAUGUAAUGACCUCCAGCAAAAAGUUCUGUCUCAGAAAAUCUUAACUGAUGAGCUCAAGGAAAAAAUGCAGCUGCUGGAGAAUGAAACGGACAAAAAACUGGCCGAUGCCGAGGAUAAAUACAACAGUGAGCUGGACACCUUUGAGCGCGAGGUGGAGCUAAUGAGGAACGAGCGAGAGACGGCUGAUCAACGGGUGGCAGAGCUCGCAAAAGACUUGCUGGAAAUGGAGCAACAGUUAUCAGAGGCCAAGACGCUAAACAAAGACGUAAAAGCUCAAAAUGAGUCCCUGUGCAAAGCCAUGGCUGCUCUGCAGAACGACCGAGACCAGCUCAUCGAAGACUUCAAGAUCCUGCGGAACAGAUACGACGAAGAACUCCGAGAGACUCAGGCAGCUUUCAACAAGGUUGAGCGCAGUCUUCAGGAUGCCACCUCCGACUUGGCGAUGUUUGCUAAAGAGAGGGACAUCCUUGUUCAUAAAUUAAACGCUUUAGAGAGCAAAGACGCACCCGCGGAGUUGAACAAGUUGUUGGAUGAGCUGUCGAAGGCUUUGUCAGAAAAGGAAAAGCAACUGAAGCAGGCCGUCUUGGAAAACGGCUCGUACAGCAGGCAGCUGUCGGCGUUCUCCAGAUCCAUGGCCAGCCUCCAAAAUGAUCGUGACAGGCUGGUUGAUGAGUUGGCUGGGGCCAAAAGAGUGGUUGAGUCCAGACAAGGGUCAAGCCCAGAGACUGUGUCUUCCAUGAGUGUGGAAAAGUCAAAAGGAAGUGUCCAGAAUGAGAAACAUGGGCUGCCGAUGGAUGAGCGUCAACAAACAGCACAGAUGAUGCAAACUGAAAAAGAAGACAGCAGCCACCAGGAAGAGUCAUCAGAUCUGAGGUCUGAAAGACAGAGGAAGGACACACAACCAGUCAAGGAAACUGUUGCUUUGGCAGGUCAGAGUGGGAUGGAGGAGGCGGUGAGUCGGUUGGAGGCGGAGAGGAUCCAUCUUCACCGAGACCUGCAGCGCUGCUUGUAUGAGAUCCAACAGCGAGACCAGUAUUUCCAGCAGCUCAACACCAAGCUGCAGCAGACGGUGGAGGAGAAAGGUGCUGUUGCAGCCCAGCUGAGGGCCGUUUCCCAAACCCUGAGGGACACCCAGAACCGCUGCCACUGGCUGGAGAGCCAAGUCCAAGUCCAAGGCCAGGCGCAGGGGUCAGCAAAUGCAGAGGUUGCACCAGGAGCCCCUCAAGAGAAGAACAACGACUCCGUCAUCUCUGACACUGCUGAAGCCAGUCAGCUGAGAGAAAGGCUGCUCGAGGUGGAGCAGAGUCUGGCAGAUGAGCGAGCCAGGAGGGAGACGACCGAGGAGGCUCUGCGUCUUGCUGAGGACAGAGCGAAGAGCGUUGGCUCCAGUCUGUCCAGAGACAGUCAGAGGGACUUCAGUAUCGAGAUGGAAACAGAAGAGGAGUGGGAAGCUCUCAGUCUCGACCCAAACCAGCCUCUAUUAACACAAAAGGUGAAAGGCGGCAUGGUGGCAUGCCGGCGGUGGCUCAGAGGGCGGAGCCUCUACUUCUCCAGGCUGCUGACGAGCCGCGCCCGCUCCCGAUACUUCUUCCUGGCCUAUUUGCUCACACUACACGUGCUCGUCCUCAUGUGCCUCACUGGCGCCCUGUAACGCUGGGUAAUCACGCAAAUUGGCUAAAGCUUCAAAUUCAAAGCUGAAGUCUGUAUUUAUGUCUUUUCUAGUUAAUGCAUCGCUCUGAUACGCUCGCUCUGUGUUGUAAAACACUAAAACCGGCACAUUUACAGGAGUCGGAGAUGCUCUCCAUACUCACCCGUUCUGGGUAAUGUUGCCAGGAAAUUAAGUUAUAUUUACACUGUGCACUGGUUUGGUAAUAUUAGCUUAAAUUACAUCUCAAACAGCAACUUUUUACUUUAAAUAUUGUUUGUUAAAUCAAGCCUUAAAACAUAAUACUCCCCUUCUUUUUUGUGUUUUUCUGAAUUGCAUAAUUAUUCAGGCUCGUUGCCUUCAAGUUGUUUUCAGAUCAACAUUAAAAAGGAGACGAGGAGUGAAAUGUCGUUUUUGACACAAAGCCUUUUGAUGUAAACCGUAUAUAUAUAUAUAUAUAUAUAAAAGCCUAAGAAGGUGAAGAAAGCCAUACGCAUUCUUGGUUAACACUACUGUACAAAAUGUUGUUUUAAAUCUCAUCACCUCUCCACCUCGUUGCCCUCCCCUGAGCCGGGAACAAACAUGCAAACAUCGCUCCUCACAGUCACAGACGUUGGCACCAGCUGCUGCUUUGUUUUGCCUGCUUGGUUUCAUACCUCGCACAUAAUCGUGAUGCUGAGUUAAAACUAUGCACUGAAACUCCAAAUGUGUAUAUAAUCAUCUCACAUAAGCUCAGAAGCACUACACCCCCCCCCCCCCCCCCCCCCCCCCCCCUUCCUCUAGUCCCCUUCAGACUGUAAAGCCAAAGGUGUCUGUAUUCUUACCUUGGCGGUUUGAACAAGUGCUCUCAUGUCUGUUAAAGUCACUGGGAGACGAUAUUUUAAAGAUUUAAUCCGGUAUCAUGGUGUGCCAUUGAAAAUGUACUGCAGAAAAGCAGAGGAUAUGAAAGUACAUACUGUAUGUAUUUAAUGUUUCUGUAUUUAUGUGUGCAUCCUCAGAUAGUUUGCUGUACAGUGUCUGUUAUGAACUGUAUUUAUGUAUAUAUGCAUUUCUAUCCUCUCUGCCUGAUGUUUGAUGACUGUAUAUUUAGAGUUUGAAAAUACGAUUGACAAAAAGGACAGUUUUCACAAAACAAGAUCAACUGACAAGCCAAAUCUAAUUCUUUUAACCGCAAAGAAAAUGGAAUAAAGUGUAAAAGAUGCUUUCUGGCUUGUUAAUUGAUCCAGUUUUGUAGAAAUACAAGGUUGCUGAUGAGUUUGUGGUACGUUGUCCUAAUGUUCUGUACAUAAAGGUGUGAUUGAUGGACAAAAACAAUGAACCGAAUCUAUUUAUGAAAAAGUUGAACUACUGAUAAAUGUUCAGAUGGCAUAUUUUCUCUACUGCCUCUAUUUUUAAGAGUAAGAGAUGCUGUUUUUGUUUUGAUAACGUUAGGCUCAACUUGGUGCAAUACUGUGUUGGAGGUGAGCUUUUUUUCAGAUCACCCUUCCCUUUAACCAUCUCUAAAAAAAAAAAAAAAAAAAAAGAAAUUUAAUAAAGCUUAUUGAACUUUUCUUCAUUUUGCUCACAUGAUGUGUCUGUGGCAUCAUCCGUCCGUCGUCAGGUUGUUGCUUUGGAUUAACUUAAAAUCUGAAAAUCUGAUCAUGACUGGAGGCCAAAUAUUAAAAUGAUGAUGAACCCAAAACCAAAAUGUUUUCUUGGACAAAUGCGAGAACACUCAGAGAAUACAGCGUUUUUUAAGAAAAGUGUAUUUAUUUCACUUAAAUGGGGAAUU